UUUGCGCUGCGACUCGUCUGGCAGAGCCGGGGAAGCCGCUCCCGGGGGCGGGGGGCGCGAGCCGGCGUGGAGCGCGGAGGCAGGACGAGCCCAAGCGGGCCCCGAGGACGGCCUCCGAACCUCGAGACUGCGGCCCCCGCCCGGCCGGCACCGCGAGGAGGAAGCGGCGCCCGGCACGGCCGCGCCCAGCGCCGGGAUGCCCGUGGCUCCGGCGUCCUUACCAGAUGGAGGCGGCUGUUCGCAACGCGCCUGCCGGGCCGCGCCCGCGCUCAGCCCGACGGAGCCUCGGUCCCGGUUUCCCUGAAAUGAACGCUCCUCGGGCGCCCUCUCGUGGACUCCAGAGCUAGCGCCGCUGCCUGCCGCGCGAUGGCAACCGCCCUCCCGCCGCGCGGCCCGCCGGCCCGUGGGAACGAGACCCUGCAAGAGCAUUACAACUACGUGGGCAAGCUGGCAGGCAGGCUGAAGGAGGCCCCUGAGGGCAGCACGCUCACCACCGUCCUCUUCUUGGUCAUCUGCAGCUUCAUCGUCCUGGAGAACCUGAUGGUUUUGAUUGCCAUCUGGAAAAACAAUAAAUUUCACAACCGCAUGUACUUUUUCAUUGGCAACCUGGCUCUCUGCGACCUGCUGGCUGGCAUCGCUUACACGGUCAACAUUCUGAUGUCUGGCAAGAAGACGUUCAGCCUGUCUCCGACGGUCUGGUUCCUACGGGAGGGCAGCAUGUUCGUGGCCCUCGGGGCGUCCACCUGCAGCUUGCUGGCCAUUGCUAUCGAGAGGCACUUGACGAUGAUCAAGAUGAGGCCUUAUGACGCCAACAAGAAGCACCGCGUCUUCCUUCUGAUAGGGAUGUGCUGGCUCAUCGCCUUUUCACUGGGCGCCUUGCCCAUCCUGGGCUGGAACUGCUUGCACAACCUCCCCGACUGCUCCACCAUCCUGCCGCUCUACUCCAAGAAGUACAUCGCCUUCUGCGUCAGCAUCUUCACGGCCAUUCUGCUGACCAUUGUCAUCCUCUACGCGCGCAUCUAUUUCCUGGUGAAGUCCAGCAGCCGCAAGGUGGCCAACCACAACAACUCGGAGCGGUCCAUGGCCCUGCUGCGCACCGUGGUGAUUGUUGUGAGCGUGUUCAUCGCCUGCUGGUCCCCGCUCUUCAUCCUCUUCCUCAUCGACGUGGCCUGCAGGGUGAAGGCAUGCCCUGUGCUGUUCAAGGCGCAGUGGUUCAUCGUGCUGGCUGUGCUCAACUCCGCCAUGAACCCUGUCAUCUACACGCUGGCCAGCAAGGAGAUGCGCCGCGCCUUCUUCCGCCUGGUCUGCAGCUGCCUGGUCAGGGGCCCCGGGGCCCGCACCUCACCCACCCAGCCGGCCCUUGACCCGAGCAGAAGCAAAUCGAGCAGCAGCAACAGCAGCAGCCACUCCCCAAAGGUCAGGGAAGACCUGCCCCAUGCAGCCACCUCGUCCUGCAUCAUUGACAGAAGCCAGACGCUGCAGAAUGGGAUCCUCUGCAAGUGACAUGUCCGCGUGCCCGCCCUGCAGCUGUGUCCUUGCAGAUCGCACGCGUCGCUUCCAUGUGGGCCCUUUAAGAGUGUGACUGGGCAGAGCCACUUCACUGUGCCCAGGCCUGCCCAGUGUGGAGUCCCCUGAGGAGCGGAGCCCAGGACUCCCCAGCCCGUUGCAGUGUGGGCUCCAUGCCUUGUCCGUCUUGUGCUGUAGAGUCUUCUGAAUGCACUACGCUGCCAACGUCAUCCGCCGCCUGCCACUGAAGCCAGGACACCGCUCUCUGUUCCCAGGGAGGGAGGUCGUGGCCGCGCAUGCUGUUUCUCAGGGUGCCUCUGGGUGAUGUCUGGAUGACUCUGCACUACGUUUACUGUGCAGAAAACGUGCUUGAGUAGCCUGCGCUUCUGUGCUCCACAGUUUGCAUCCAGGUGUGUGCUGUGUGCACCUACAUGAAGUCUCAAUACACCACACGGUUAUGUGACAGGUGAUACAAGGCUGUUGUGAAGGAACCCCCUGGUACAAGGACAUGGCUGUGACUUAGGUGGAUAUGCUGUUCCCAGUCUUCUCAGAGCGACAUGAAGUCCUGUGUUAAGCAUAUUUAUAAAGGCCCAAAUUCUCAAAAAGGACACCUCCGAGGCUGGGCCAGAUGUGUGGAUCUGACCCAGAUGAGCCCUGAGUCCCUCAGUCAUGUGUCCCUGCAUCAUUUUAAGCACAUCCCGAAGCCAAAUCACAUGAUGGUUUGGGGGUUUCUACGAAUUACUGAAAAGCCAGCCAAGAUCUCCCCAAGGCCUGUACCCCAAACCAGCCAAAGAAAGAAGCCGUGAAGGACAAACAGGUGCAGGCAGCCAUUCUGGCUCACCUCCCCACGUCACGGGCUGGUGCCCUGUUUCCCGUGACAGAGGGUGUCCUUGCAGUCAGGAGAGGUGCACAGACAGCACUUGGAUUCCACACCAGAAAAGCACCAAGUCAGAAAUCCCACAUAGUGUCACAGCUGAGUGGCACUUCCAUGGCUUGAUGAGAGCUGGCAGCCACCGACUGUGAGACUGUCCAGUUGUCAGGCUGGGAGGUGUGAUCUGGCAGUGAAUGCAGCCACUGACUGUGAGACUGUCCAGUUGUCAGGCUGGGAGGUGUGAUCUGGCAGUGAAUGCAGCCACCGUGACUGUGAGAGUCCAGUGUCAGGCUGGGAGGUGUGAUCUGGCAGUGAAUGCAGCCACCGUGACUGUGAGAGUCCAGUGUCAGGCUGGGAGGUGUAAUCUGGCAGUGAAUGCAGCCACCGUGACUGUGAGAGUGUCCAGUGUCAGGCUGGGAGGUGUGAUCUGGCAGUGAAUGCAGCCACCAUGACUGUGAGAGUCCAGUGUCAGGCUGGGAGGUGUGAUCUGGCAGUGAAUGCAGCCACAGUGACUGAGAGUGUGCAGUGUCAGGCUGGGAGGUGUGAUCUGGCAGUGGAUGCAGCCACAGUGACUGAGAGAGUCCAGUGUCAGGCUGGGAGGUGUGAUCUGGCAGUGGAUGCAGCCACAGUGACUGUGAGAGUGUGCAGUGCCAGGCUGGGAGGUGUGAUCUGGCAGUAGAUGAAGCCACAGUGACUGUGAGAGUCCAGUGUCAGGCUGGGAGGUGUGAUCUGGCAAUUUAUACUUCUUCAAAGAGAUAUAUUGAAUCAUAACCACAUGACACUGUAAUUUUACUUUUCAACGUAAAUUGAACCUAUAUCACCCUGUUUACCUUAUAAAGGAUUACUUCGAAGACAUUUUUGUAUAUGUUCUUCCCCAAGGAUUCUGCAUGCAAUACAAAUAUAUGAAAAAUAAACAUGUUUAGAGCUAUGAUAAGUACA